ACUGAAAAUGUAUGAUUGGCUCGCAUUGUCGGCCAAUCAAGCGCGUCUGUCAGCCUCUUGUAUACACGAAGACUUCACUCAUCGCGCUUUUUUUUACAUCCAUCUAUUUGACCUAUGUGUUUAUUUUGAGGGGCUUUCCUCUCUGCAGGGACACGAGAUACCGCGUGACGACAUCCGAAUUCUAUCGAUGAAUCUUCAUCGCUGUUCCGUGCUUUGAAAACACGAUCGUCGCAACAAAGUGAGUAAGACCGUCAAUAACUAAUUUAUACUCUAUCUUAUCGCGCACACUCUACGAAGAUUUUUUUUAAUUCGCUUUGAACGCCCGUUCUAUCGGCGUGUAAUCAAAGGGAAUGUUCAACUAGACACAUCUCAAAAUCUUUAGCAGUUUAUUGAAUUGAAGCAUAUGGUGAUAUCAACUAGAAGAAUGUCGAAACGAACACUGGAACCAGUAGAUCAAUGGCUGGCUAAGGAAGGUUAUUUCAGAAAGCCUACUCCUAGAGAUCCAACCUGCUUAUUCAGAGCGAUUAGUGAACAGGUGUAUCAUACUCAACAUUAUCAUUUACGAGUAAGAAAAGAAUGUACAGAUUUUAUGAUGAAAAAAAAGCAGUUGUUCAUGGAUUCUAUGACAACAUCAUUCGAUUAUUAUGUGAAAGAAAUGCAGUGCUUUACAGAGUGGGGAGGCCCGAACGAGAUUCGUGCAAUGUCCCUGCUUUAUAAAAGAGACAUAAUCAUAUUUGUCGGAGAGAAGCAGAUAUGUGAGAAUCUUACUAAUAAUGGUUUCAAAAAAGGCGUUAUAUUGCUAUGUCACACAGAACCGAAACAAUACGAACCUGUUUAUCCAAUGGCAUUUGUCCAAUCAGCUGCUUAUUGCCAAUCUAUUGUUUAUGAAGUUGUAUAUAGAUAUUUGUAUCAAAUGCCUAACAUAAAGACUGUUGCGGAUAAAAUGCUACAUAAUCGAAAUUCUACAUUUAGACAUGACAAAUUUUUUCAGAAGGGAAAUCUUGAUAUUAGAGAACAAUUGAUUGAAGAUUUAUACAAAAAAGUCAAGAAUGAACAUAGUGACACAGAUGAAGUGCAAUCCGAUUGGAAGGGAGCCCCACCUAUUCCUUAUAAAGUUGCAAAAGCGUUAGCUCCCGAUUAUUAUCGCAAUAUAGAGUUAGAUAUAUGGCAUGAAUUGAAACGAGAGGUAAAAUCUGCAGGCUGGAAUAGAUACAACAGUAAUGAGCUUCAAGUUGGUGGCAAAUGUUUGAUAGAAAUCAGUAUAAACGAUUUGGAACAAUGUGACAGAAAUAAUAAUAAAAGUUUGUGCGCUAAUUCGUCAGAUCGUAAUGCUAGCGAGAGUAACAGUAAGACUGAGCAGCAAAAAUUGAAGCAGGGGCCUCUUUGGCUUCAUGGUUAUAUACAAGAAAUGCAUACAAAUAGAGAACCAGUUCUAGUCUUUAUCAAAGACCUAGGAGAAAAAAAAUUUGUCCCAUACGAUGCUCUGAAACCAUUACCUGUAAUAAGAAAAAAUAAGCAGAAAAAUUGGGUAGCAGUCAAUAGAAACCAUUCGGUUAACUCAGAUUCAAGUCGACGAUGGAAUAAAUCAUAUACCUCAUUCUCGCGUAAGAAAAAAGGCACCAUAAAUAUAGUACAUGAAACAAGUAAUGCGAAUAAAAAUACAUUAGUGAAUAAUGAUGACAAUAAUAAUAAUAAUGUUGAUAGUGAUGAUAUCAACGAUAUUAAUACAAUUAGAACUGAUGAACAAAACUAUGAACUUUCUACAAUAGAUCAGUGUCAAACAGAGAAUCAGUCUGUAGAAGAUUGUUGUAAUACGACAAAUGAAGAAGCUAACAGCUUGCCUGUGAUGGCACGCAAUAAUUCACAGUCCACAGUGUCAAAUGGUGUAGCACAGAAAGUAGAAGAGCAUAAAAAAGCAGUAUUUAGAAAAAUGAACAAUACUUCAAGAAACAAAACUGAAAAAUCUAAUAAUUCUCGUAAUAGUCUUCAGAAUUCAUGCACAAAACUGAAAGUGUUGGAUGAGAAUUAUUGUUCACCUUGCAACGGUAACCAACAAAUCGAUAUGGGCGGCAAUCCGAACGUAUCUUAUGUUGUCGCGGAUAAUGGCAAUACAUACUCGGUUUAUCCGUACAUGCCAGGGAAUUUUGGAGAGCACAAUCAAAUGGAUCAUACAUUUGCAUCUAAUUUCUUUUAUAAUCUACACCUGCUACAUUUGGAGGAUACUUUUCGUACCUUAAACCCAACUUAUUAUGGACCUAUGAUGUACGGACCGGGUCAUCACGGCAUGCAACCUCUAGGAGCAUCAUCGGGAAAUGCUCGUAUGAAUAAUGUUCCAUGUAUGCAAGAAGAAAUGGAGCAUCUUGUUAACGGGGUGCAGGAUUGUUCACUAACGUAUAAUGAAGGAGCAGGUGCUAAUGACGAGAUUUCCAACACUUCGCAUCAGAGCAUGAAUAGUACACAGAAUGCAAGGCAGCCAAAGCAAGGACUGAAAAAUUUGAGUGAAAAAGAUCUUUCGUAUCAAGUUGCACAGAAAGGAAAACAGACUGGAACUGCUAAAGGCACAGGCAACAGGGUGCGAAAUCGCCAACAGAAUCGCGGAUCGAUGUAUUCAAUGCAGCAACAUCCGAGUCAGCAAUACGGCGCAGCAUACGACACGUGUAGAAAUGAUACGCACGUGAUGGCCGCACAGCAUGGCCGAUCUUGGGAUCCGAUGUUGCAUCAAGCUGUGUCUAAUGCGCCGAACGCUUACGGAUCAUCGCAAUACGCGCCACCGCCGGGUGUAUUUUCUUCUCCGGUACCGUAUCAGGAAAUGCCGUCGCACUACACGACGAAUGACGGUAUAUUGGGGAACCCUUCUCCGUAUUACCCACCGGGAAACGGUAGUUAUGUACCGGUGCCAUCAUAUUUACCACCUCAGCACAUCGAUGCGACCGAAAAUGCGACUAUGCCAUCAUAUCCGCAACAUCUUUACUCGCCAACAGAAAAUCCUUACUCACCGAGUCAUCCGCCAACGGCGGGCCAGCCGAUGCUGUAUUCGCAGCCUGUGAUGUAUCCACAGCCAAUGCAGUAUCACGCUUUGCUGCCGCCGCACGUACAAGAACAAUGGAAUCCAGUAUUGGGACCACAGCCUUAUAUGCAAUGUGCAGCUUCGGCAUCGCCGCAAGCGCAGAUGGUGGAGACGUCGUCUAAUGGACAAUGUACCACUCCGAAAGGUUCGCUUUAAAUCAUAUGUGAUAUAUUUAUAUGAAGACUGAGAAUAAUU